AUGUCCAAGACGCUGCGGAAGAAGCGGCACUGGCUGAGCAAGGUGCAGGAGUGCGUGGUGUCCUGGGGUGGCCCAGCGGGCCCCGACCCCGAUCUGCUGCGCGGCGGCGCCGAGCGCGGCGAGUUCCCGUACCUGGCGGGCCGCCUGCCCGCGGGCGGCGAGGGCGCGCCGGGCCCCGCGCUGCUCUCGGGCAAGGCGCCGGCGCCGGGGGACGUGCUGCUGGAGGUGAACGGUACCCCGGUGAGCGGCCUCACCCACCGCGACACGCUAGCUGUGGUGCGACACUUCAGGGAGCCCGUACGCCUCAAGACCGUGCGCCCAGGAAAAGUCAUCAACAAGGACUUGCGCCACUACCUGAGUCUUCAGUUCCAGAAGGGCUCAAUAGAUCACAAACUCCAGCAAGUGAUCAGAGACAAUCUCUAUUUGAGAACCAUCCCUUGCACUACAAGGGCUCCCAGAGAUGGAGAGGUCCCUGGAGUAGACUAUAAUUUCAUUCCUGUUGAGCAGUUUAAAGCGCUGGAAGAAAGUGGAGCCUUACUAGAAAGUGGAACAUAUGAUGGUAAUUUUUAUGGUACUCCAAAGCCUCCAGCAGAGCCCAGCCCCUUUCAGCCUGAUCCAGUGGAUCAAGUUCUUUUUGACAAUGAUUUUGAUACUGAAUCGCAGAGGAAGAGAACCACGUCUGUCAGCAAAAUGCAAAGGAUGGAAAGUUCUCUCCCUGAAGAGGAGGAGGAGGAGGAAAAGGAAGCAGUUAAUGGUAGCGGAGGGAUAGAAAACAAAGAAAAGCAUUCAGAUUCUCCUGACUGGAUGAAACCUGUUCCCAGCUACAACCAGACAAGCAGCAACAUGGACUUCAGAAAUUAUUUGUCGAGGGAUGAGACUCUGGAACCACUACCCAAGAACUGGGAAAUGGCCUACACGGACACUGGCAUGAUCUACUUCAUCGAUCACAACACCAAGACAACCACAUGGCUUGAUCCCCGGCUCUGUAAGAAGGCCAAAGCUCCUGAAGAUUGUGAAGAUGGAGAACUUCCUUAUGGAUGGGAGAAAAUAGAAGACCCUCAAUAUGGGACAUACUAUGUUGAUCAUAUUAACCAGAAAACUCAGUUUGAAAAUCCAGUAUUGGAAGCCAAAAGAAAAAAACAGCUAGGACAGACUGAUGCUGGCCCUUCCAAAUCAGGACCAGGGAGGUCUGUCUUCACUCGAGAUCCAUCCCAGCUUAAUGGAGCACUUAUUAGGACAUCCCUGAAAAAAAGUACCAUGGGAUUUGGCUUCACAAUCAUCGGAGGGGACAGGCCUGACGAGUUUCUCCAGGUGAAGAAUGUGUUGAAAGAUGGACCCGCUGCGCAAGACGGAAGAAUUGCUCCAGGUGAUGUCAUUGUGGACAUAAACGGAAGUUGUGUCCUUGGCCAUACCCAUGCAGAUGUUGUCCAGAUGUUUCAGCUCAUUCCCAUCAAUCAGUAUGUGAACAUGACUUUGUGUCGUGGGUACCCUCUUCCUGAUGACAACGAAGACCCCGUGGUGGAUAUCGUGACAGCCACGCCCAUCCUUAACAGCCCACUGGUGACCAAGGGAGAUGCUUCUGUGUCCAGCCAAGAUUUAGUAGCGGGAACAAUCGUGUUGGACCAGAAUGGGAAAAUAUUGGCCAACGAUCGUCUGAACGGCCCUUCCGUGGAUUCAGCAGAGCAGAGGGUCUCCUUUGCCUCCUCAGGAGGCUCUCAGCCGGAGUUGGUCACCAUCCCUCUGGUCAAAGGGCCUAAAGGCUUUGGGUUUGCCAUUGCAGACAGUCCCACAGGCCAGAAGGUGAAGAUGAUUUUGGACAGCCAGUGGUGUCAAGGCCUACAGAAAGGGGAUGUCAUCAAGGAGAUUUGCCAUCAGAAUGUGCAGAGCUUGACUCACUUGCAGGUGGUGGAGGUGCUCAAGCAGUUUCCAGUAGGAGCAGAGGUGCCCCUGCUUAUCUUAAGAGGAGGUCCACCCUCACCUACUAAAGUUGCCAAAGGAAAGGGCAAGCAGGACAGUUCAGGGAGUUUGGAAGCUGUCUGCGAUACCAUUCCGCAGCCGAUGCCCUUCCCGCCCUCUGCUGUGCGACCAGGCUCUCCUAAACUGGACCCUUCCGAAGUCUACCUGAAGUCUAAGACAAUUUAUGAGGACAAACCUCCAAACACAAGAGAUUUAGAUGUUUUCCUGAGAAAACAAGAGUCAGGCUUUGGUUUCCGGGUGCUUGGAGGGGACGGACCGGAUCAGCCUAUCUAUAUUGGAGCCAUAAUCCCAUUGGGAGCAGCGGAAAAGGACGGGAGGCUGCGUGCAGCGGAUGAGCUGAUGUGCAUCGAUGGAGUCCCUGUGAAAGGGAAGUCACACAAGCAAGUUCUGGAUUUAAUGACCAGCGCCGCACGGAACGGGCAGGUGCUGCUCACAGUCCGGAGGAAGAUCUUCUUCGGUGGGGAAAAGCAGGCAGAGGAGGAGGAGCCACAGCCUGUCCUGACACAGAACAGCUCUCCCCAGCUGAACCGUGUUGACUUGGCCAACCAGCCGUGCCCGGAGGUCUACGAUGUCCGUCUGCAGCGGAAGGAGAACGAAGGAUUUGGCUUCGUCAUUCUCACCUCCAAGAACAAACCUCCUCCUGGGGUGAUUCCUCACAAGAUCGGGCGGGUUAUCGAGGGAAGCCCGGCUGACCAGUGUGGGAAGCUGAAGGUGGGCGAUAGAAUCUCAGCGGUAAACAACCAGUCCAUCGUGGAGCUCUCCCAUGACAGCAUUGUGCAGCUCAUCAAGGAUGCAGGCAACGUGGUGACCCUCACGGUGGUGGCUGAGGAAGAGCAACGUGGUCCUCCAUCAGGAACAAACUCAGCCAGGCAGAGUCCGGCCCCACAGCACCGACCGCUGGGAUUGGCACUGAUCAACCCAGACAGGGGAGCUACAGAAGGGGAAGCUGGAAAAGAAGUUUCUAGUAGCUACCGUCUGUCCUGGCCUGAGCACAAGCACAUGGCACAGUUGGAUGCUGCUUCAGGUGUUGGCAGCCGUCAUUCCCAGAAUCCCGGCUGUUUCCCAGUGGAGUUGGAAAGGGGCCCUCGAGGGUUUGGAUUCAGCCUCCGGGGAGGAAAAGAAUACAACAUGGGCUUAUUCAUCCUCCGUCUGGCUGAGGAUGGUCCGGCAGUCAAGGAUGGGAGAGUCCAUGUUGGUGACCAAAUAGUGGAAAUUAAUGGAGAACCUACCCAAGGAAUCACUCACACACGAGCCAUUGAGCUGAUUCAGGCUGGAGGAAAUAAAGUUUUGCUGCUGCUGAGACCAGGGACUGGAUUGAUACCAGAUCACAGUUUGGCUCCUUCCAGUCUGUGUCCCUACGUGAAACCUGAGCAACAUUAAGGGCUUUCAGUGCUUUUCUUGGUUUUUCCUUAAAGACUUGGUGAUUGGGAUGGCUACAACCCUGCUUCAUCAAAUGUAAUAUAUGAAGAACAGUCACCAUUAUUAUCUUCAUCUUCCCAUGCUGCUUCCCCAUCUGAAAUGUGUUAUUUAGCAGUAUCAGGAGAAGCUUUAACCAGAGUUCAGCUGUCUGAGAAACUGGAACAAGCAGAGAACACUGUGCCUGACAAGAUAAGCACUUUAACUGAAAACCAGUAUGAGAGGAAGCCUCAGUCCUCUCCCCAGAGAACAAAGAGCAGAUGGGAAUGUCCCUCGAGUCCUGGGUUUGGGAUCACUAAA